UUCCUACUCUCGUCGUCAUUUUCAAGUGGCAUCUCUCCGUUAAACAAAAUGUAGUGAGCGUGCUUUAAAAGUAGAUUGGACAUAUUUAAUGUUUACUACAAAUCUAUCUUCUGAUUUCAUAUUUUAAACUAAAAAAGAAUGGCAAAGUCUGUGAGUUUAUCUGACCAAAUCUAUAAAUAUUUAAAGAAAUAUGGAAUAGUUGGAUACAAUCAGAAAAAGAAUCUUGGUGGUGUUCAUCCAUUGGUAAUAUCAACACUGUUUUUAUGUUUUACUUCAGUAUUGGCCUCAUCUGGCAGAAGAUUGGUAAAAACACGAGUGAAACAUGGAUUGUGGAGAGAUGUGGCAUUGGAAUUCAUCGCAACAGCUGAACUGUGUGCAUGCUGUUUUGAACUCAUUAUAGUUGCAGAUAAUUAUGGCGUUUCAACGUAUGCUCUUUUUCUGUUUCUUUUGACCAUUUGGUGGUCUUUAAAUUGGGAAAACGCAACAGCGUGUCCAUACAACGCCGUCGAAGAAGUGUUUAUGGGUUCUAAAGGGAUAAUAGAGGCUUUUAUGAUGAUAGCAGCCCAAGUGCUGGGUGGAGUGGUAAUAUUCAGUUAUGUACAAAUGUUGUGGAUAAUGGAACUUGCCGAGACUCACAAAGGGAGAGCGUUUGAGGAAUGUGUGGCAGACUUGAAUGUUCCAAUGAUCACAGGAGCAAUAAUAGAAGGAACUGCUACCUGUUUGUGCCGUAUAGUAUCCAGAGGACUUAACGACAUGAAUUUACCCUUGGCAACCGUUUUGGAUGCCCUAUUUGCAACAACCCUUGUGGUUGCAGCUUUCAAUUUUUCGGGAGGAUAUUUUAACCCCGCGUUAGCAACGUCAUUGAAACUUGGGUGUAAAGGUCACAAUUUUACUGAGCAUAUGGUGGUUUAUUGGCUGGGUGCUACGGUUGGAUCAUUAAUGUCCGUUUUCCUUUACAGACUGCCAGUAAUUCAAAGGGUUGUAAAUAAAAGAAAGUACAAGAAAACUUGAUCACAAUCUUUUGAUUGAAAUUGUUGUCAAUUCAAUUGUUAUUUCAAUUAUUGUUUAUUCGUUAUUAAAUAAAUUAAAAAAAAAUAGUCAA